GGUUGGGCAGGCUAGAACAGAAAGAAGAUAGACGGAAAUUCCCGCAUUUGAGGAUAUUGAAAUUUUGUUUCCAAGAGUUUUAUCGGAAAAAACAUCAUUCGGUUCCGUUCUCAUUUCCGAUUCUGCUUCCGUCCCAAGAAUUUCUGUUUCCAUUUCCAUGUUUUCAUUCCGUUUAUACUUUAGUGAAAUAAAAUAUGAAUAACAGAAAAUAUCAAACUUCAAGUCUGUGAAAAGGAAAUGAGGUAGAAGUGCAUGUCUGGUUCAUCAGAGUUGUCAUCAGAGUUGUCAGGCACAGGAAGAUCUUUUCACGUCUGGUUACUCCACCGGUAGUUUCUGAGCUCACAUACAUAGCCUGGUUGGCACUCUGAACCCCGAUCAGGAACUAGAUGCUGCGAAAGCAAAACGAGAUUUCUUGAUGCUGUAACUUCCUCGGUCAGUCAAUCACAGGAGAUAAGACUUGUCCCUCACACAAGCAUCAGAACCUGGCUGGCUUUACCGCAUCGUGUAACAAGGCUGCUGCUCCUGCAGCACAGCAGCAGCACUGCUAGCUGUGGACGAAUGGGCCGAAUUAACCAUUAGUUUUGCUGUGACAGCAACGCCAUGGUCCAUGGAGAGGAGGCCUUCCUGCUCAAGCUUUCAGGAGCCUUCCAUAUAUGGCCUCAGGCACAAUGCCCAAAAUAUUCAUGUACUCUGGAGGGAGCGGCAUGAGCAGGUGCGUGUCCAUGAACCCGAGAAACCUCAGCGGCAAGCUGCCGGCGGAAGAUGGCGCUCUCCCUGAGGCGAGCCAGAGCCAACCGCAGCAGCACGAGCCAGAGCACGGCGGCGAUGGCGGCGACGGCGAGAUGGUGCAUUUCAGCCACCCGGAGCACCGGCUGGCGCGGUUCGACUUCCCGUACCUGUUCCUCUGCAUGGGCUGCAAGGAGUACGGCGCCGGCAAGCGGUUCAUGUGCCAGAUCUGCGGCUUCCAGCUGCACGAGUUCUGCGCCAUGGCUCCCCCCUCCCUCCACGACCACCCCUUCCACCCCAAGCACCAGCACCUCCUCUUCUUCGAGAAGCCAGGCGGGUUCCUCCGGUGCAAGUGCGACAUCUGCGGCAAGCCGGUGAAGGGCUUCUCGUUCCGGUGCGCGUGCUGCAGCUUCGACGUGCACCCGUGCUGCGCGGCCAUGACGCGCCGGAUGGAGCUGCCGGCGCACGGCCACCCGCUGCUGCUGGCGCCGGACGCCGGCGCGGGCGUGGCCACGAGCUUCGUGUGCCAGGUGUGCCGGAGGCGGCGGUCGGGGCGCGUCUACCAGUGCAUGCCGUGCGGGUACUACCUCCACGCCAAGUGCGCCAAGGACAUGGUGAACGGGCUGUACGAGCACGGCGUGGUGCCGCCGGAGAAGAGCAACCCGCUCGUCGCCGUGGCCAAGGUCACCAUCAACGCACUCUUCAGCGUCAUCGGCGGCCUCAUCGAGGGCAUCGGCGAGGGCAUCGGGGAGGGCUUCGUGGAGAACAUCGGCAGGAGCAGAGGCAGAAGCUUCAGAUGAAUCAAGAGGCUAAACCAUAAUGUGUAUGUGUCUGAUGGCGAGUGAUGUUUAUCUUUGCAAAAGUGUACCUCGUAAAUGUAUGUCAGGGCCUUUUGGUUUGUUUGAGGAAAAACAGAGAACUUUUCUAAAAAGUUUGAAUGGAUACUCUUAUUUUUCUAACUUAUAGGAUUGAAUGGAUACUAAAUUGCCUAUGAAAUGUAGUUUGAGAAAAAACAAAAGAUUUUCUUCCAAGAAGAGGUUUGAGUAGAUGCUAAAUACCCUACUGAGUGCAAAAGAACCUUUUGGCCCUGUUCGGUUGGCAGGGAUAAGUCUACCACAAUCUCCUUGCGGGGUAACCGAACAAAGCCUAGGGAACUUUUUAAAAGAAUCAAUCCUACCAAUCAAAAAACAUGUAUAAGAAAAAUUGCUAAAGGUUUUGAUACUCCAAAAGUUCUCUGAAAAUCUUUUUGAAUCAAAUAGGGUUCUAUAUAAAGGAGUAAGGGAAACUCACCUUAUUUCCAAUCUCCAUGAUGGUUUCUCCGGCUACCAAGGAGCAUGUGAUUCCAGCAAAAUGUGAGUGAACACCAACUGAACAUGAUGCAGUAAUAAUAUAAAACACAGAGGUAUAACACAGAUAACCAUAACAUGCAGUAAUAUAAAACACGGAGGUAUAACAACAGAUAACCAUAACCACCAGGCCACAAGACAUAUGUCCAAAAUAAAUCUAUAUAGAUUAUUAUAUGUUCACUUUAACGAAUAUAUGUCGCCACCAUCUGAUAAGUCUACCACAAUGCACUCACAACACGAUCUAUGAGGUAAAUAGGUACA